UAGUUACAACAUAUCCCCCGCGAUCUGUCUUUCUAUCUCUCUGCUCUCUCCCUCGCGCCGAAACCGUGAAAGAUUAGCCUUCGAGUUUCUGCCGACGUCUCUCUGUCGCCACCGGCCUUUCGUCCGAAUCGGCCGCUACGUUGUCCAGAGCAAGCUUGGUUGGGGUCACUUCUCAACCGUCUGUCUUGCUUGGGACACCCAUUUCUCUGUACUUUUAUCUAUCUUUCUCUGUACUUUGUGGUUGGUCCUGGAUUUGGGUUUAUUUUUCUCACUCACCUGUCUUCCCCCAUUUAGCUUCCAUUUUCAGCAUCCCUGCCAAAGUCUCUGCUUCCCUAUCUCUCCAACAUUAACUUUCUGAUACUCUCUUCCCUUGUAAUUUUGUAAACGAGGUUGGUGUAGGUCCAUGCCGUUAGUGACUCGCCAAGUCAACUCGACCACUCAGUUUUCCUUUUAAAGCAUCACGCCAUUAGGUUUCGACUGACCUGUCUCUGCCCUGCAAACUCCUCCAAUGACUUCCCUUAUUUCCCUCUCCCCAUCUACCAACAACUACAGUUUGUCUCCAGAAGCAGAAAUGCAAUAUCAAGCAUUACAUGAUUCCCAUCAAAGCCGUUUCCCGUCACCGUGUCUAUAGAACUUUUGCAUCAGUUGGGUCAUUAGAAGCAGAUGUGGCAAGCCACGGAAAUGAUGCUCCUCCUGGUGUUUCAACUCCAAACAACUCUCGGAGGUCUAGAAUGUCUUUUGACCAGACAAAUUACCCCUUGGAUGACAUAACUAAUUUUGAGAAACAGCUGCAAGAAUUAUUUGAUGAAGUCAAAAGAAUGAUUAUGAUGGGGAACAGAAAUGAUGCCAUGGACCUACUUAAAGCAAACUAUGAAGCUGUGAUAGAACGGAUGAAUAAAGGUAGCAAAGGGAUUGAAGAAGCUGCACUUCUUGACAUCAUUACCCUGGGUUAUAUGGCUGUUGGAGAUUUGAAGCUUGUUGCUUCCGUACUGGCUUUGUUGGCUGGGGUUGUUGACAGUCUAAAGGAUAAUGAACCACUUCUGGAUGUUGUGCUCGUGCAUAUGGGAAGUUUGUUUACGGCUUUGGGGAAGUUUGAUAAAUCAUUGCUUGUGUACCGGAGGUCUAUUGAUAUUCUAGAGAACAGAUAUGGGAAAAAUAGUAUUUUUCUUGUCACUCCAUUGUUAGGGAUGGCAAAAGCACUUGGAUCUAUUGGCAGAUCAACAAAAGCAGUUGAAAUCUAUCAUCGUGCAGUUACUAUUUUGGAAUUGAGCAAAGGGGCUGAAAGUGAGGAUUUGGUUGUAGCUUUAUUUGGUCUUGGAAAUCUUUUGCUCAAAGAAGGAAGAUCGACAGAUGCAGAACCUCAUUUCAUCAGAAUCUUAACCUUGUAUAAAAAGUUAUAUGGAGAAAAUGACGGAAGAGUUGGAAUGGCUAUGUGUUCCCUAGCCCAUGUGAAGUGUGCAAAGGGAAAUGCUGAUGAAGCCAUUGGAUUAUAUAAGAAUGCUCUCCAGGUCAUCGAGGAUUCAAACUAUAUGGCUUUAGAUGACAGCAUAAUGGAGAAGAUGAGGAUAGAUUUGGCAGAGCUACUUCAUGUUGUAGGAAGGGGAAAAGAAGGCCGAGAAAUGUUAGAGGAAUCCUUGUUGAUCACUGAGAAGUAUAAAGGAAAAGAGCAUCCCAGCUUAGUGACGCACCUUGUGAAUCUUGCAACCUCCUAUUCACGCUCAAAGAAUUUUGUGGAGGCUGAACGCUUGCUGAGGACGAGUUUGGAAAUCAUGGGGAAGACUGUGGGCCCUGAUGAUCAAUCCCUCACCUAUCCAAUGUUGCAUCUUGCAGUUACCCUCUACAAUCUAAAACGGAAUGAAGAAGCUGAGCAACUUGCCUUGGACGUUUUGCGCAUCCGUGAAAAGGCAUUUGGAAAAGAUUCUCUUCCUGUUGGGGAGGCAUUGGACUGUUUGGCAUCCAUCCAGACUAGGUUGGGGAGGGAUGACGGAGAGUUGUUGGAGCUGCUCAAGAGACUUCUGAGUAUCCAAGAGAGAGAGUUUGGCCAUGAGAGUGAAGAGGUCAUGGAAACCCUGAAAAAAACUCUGUACUACUUGGACAAACUGGGUAGGAAGAACGAGAAGUUCCCACUGCAGAAAAGAUUGUCCAUGCUUAGAAUGAAAUACAAAGAAAGGAUCCAAUAUUAAUUGCAUAUAAUCAUUCAUAUAUCUAACCCUCCACAUCUUUCUACCGGUUGGUAGGGAGAGGUAAUAUCUGACCAUUUCAUCUCCUUAAUUCGUCUGUGUUUGAGUAAUGUUAUUAACCACACUCAUGUCUCACUCUUAUCUCACUAUGUAAAAUAUGUCACUUUUAU